CAUCAUCAGCGCUGUACAGCAGUAAGCUGUCUCUACUGUCACCAAGCUCCUUGUUAAAGCCCAGCAUUGGGCAAUAGGCUCAGUGGGAUAAUCAAACAUCUGUGGAUUGAAUCCUCAUGAAGUACCUCUUGACCCCCCCCCCUCAUCAUGCUAAUCAGUUAGUGAUAUGUGAAAGGGGGCUGGACUUAUAACCUUACCUUUUAAAUCUCUGUGUAUCUCAGCAUAGAGGCUUCUCUCGUUCCAUCCCACACUAGAUUCAGGACUGUUUCGUUCCCCACCACCACCACCAGUGACAACAUGGCAAAGACAAUGGUACUUGAGCUGAAGAAUGUGAAGCUGAGAGCUGGAGACCAGUUGAAAGUGGAGGGGAGGAUUCUGCCUGAGGCGAAGGGGUUCCAGAUAGAUCUGGGCUGUGACGAAGAUCACCUGGCACUGCACUUCAACCCACGUUUUGAGGAUGACACGGACGGUGUUGUGCUUGUGUGCAACUCAAAGAUUGACGGCUGCUGGGGUCACGAGGAGAGGGAGAAACACAGUGGCCUCCAAAGGGGUUCUACUGUCAAGAUUGUCCUGAAGCUGACCGGAGACCUGUUUGAAGUGGAGAUGCCUAAUGGACAUGAGAUCAAAUUCCCCAACCGUUCCGUCCUAGACGUCGUUACCUACAUCCGUGUCAGAGGGGACUUAAAGCUCACUGCCUUUAAGAUCUACUAAAGAGAUCCAUAAAAUCCACCUUGUGUAGCCUGGCAACAACGGCACGGCCAAUUUGUCUCGUUUGUCUUCCAAUUUCCGGUGCGCUCCGGCCCAAUGACACGCAAGCAAGUGGGCGUGGCUACAUAUAGAGUUAGACCAAUGGGCAGUAAGACAGGAUCAAUGGCCUGUAUCAAAUAGUAAAUGGAAAUAUGGGGUGACCAUGGUACGUUUUGUUGUCACAAUAUUCUGACAAACAGUAAACACAAGGGACAACUGGGGACGAGGUUAGGAUACUGGUUAGGAUACUGGUUAGGAUACUGGUUAGGAUACUGGUUAGGAUACUGGUUAGGAUACUGGUUAGGAUACUGGUUAGGAUACUGGUUAGGAUACUGUCAACUAAUUACAUUCCUUUACAAAUACAGACGUAUCUCACACACACACAUCUUGGCCAGAUGAAAUAUCUGUCAAUGUUUUACUUGUUUUGGUGAGAAAGAAUGUAUUCUUAUACCAUAGUAGCCCAAAUGAUUACAUUAUUACUGACAUAAUCUCUGAUGUUCUGAUAUUGUAGUAGCCCAAAUGAUUACAUUAUUACUGACAUAAUCUCUGAUGUUCUGAUACUGUAGUAGCCCAAAUGAUUACAUUAUGACUGACCAUGUCGACAGAUUGGGUCAACAACAGAAUAGCCGUUGACUCCAGAAGCAUUUUGUAAUUUUUACGAUGAUUUCCUAAUGUUAUUUUCUGUAUAUAUUGAAGUAAAACAUAAUGGACCGCAUGUCAUGUCAUCAAUAAAGUUCAGCAUCCUCAAGUAGUGAA